UUUUCCAUCAACACUGUGAAUGGUCCAUUAAGGCCACCGUACACCAGGAAGUAGAAUUCUAUUCGCAGGUAAACAAAACCAGCCGAAUGUUUUUAUCUGACAAAAAGACUCUCUAAGGAACGUAAUAUCUUCUCAUUCAGCAAUGUUGCAGUUGUACGUGGCCGUAAGAUAGAUUUGGUGAAGUCAUCAUCAGACGUCGCAGAAGUCGGUGUUGUGCACGUCGCAUCGCCAUGUCGAGAAAGCAGUCGGGAAAGCCUGUCCGUGGGAACAGGAAGUGUGAGCAGGAGAGGAAGAGGGAUGAGCGUGCAGCGCGUAGGGCUCUGGCCAAAGACAGAAAGAAUCGGCCUCCAGGGGAGGAUGAAGGAGAGGAGUUUGUCAGUUUCUCCAACCAACUCAAAGCACUUGGUCUCAAGCUGAGAGAGGUUCCAGGAGAUGGAAACUGCUUGUUCCGAGCUCUGGCGGAUCAGCUGGAGGGACACUCGCGAGGUCACUUGCGUCUGCGUCAGGAGACUGUCCAGUACAUGACGUCUCACCGGCAGGACUUUGAACCUUUCGUUGAGGAUGAUGUGCCAUUUACUAAGCACGUGUCAGACCUUGCAGAGCCAGGAACCUUUGCAGGCAACGAUGCAAUAGUGGCCUUUGCUCGCAGUCAGCAGGUGAAAGUGGUCAUCCAUCAAUUGAAUGCUCCAUUGUGGGAGAUAAAUGGAUCAGAGAAGCCAUUAUGUCAGGAGCUUCAUAUAGCGUACCGUUACGGUGACCAUUAUGACAGUGUCCGGCAUAUUGCAGACAACUCUGAAAGCCCUGCCCGUCUACGUAUAGCGAAUCUAAAUAAUUCAUGGCAGCUUGGUGAUGGCGAGAAGGACAAACAGAGAGCCCCCUCCCCCAGCCACUCUCCCUCUGACGAUGAAGAUGUUAUCCUUAACUCCCUGAAGACCACCAGCCCAAACAGUCAAGAGGUAAAUCCGUGCCAAUCAAGUGCCACCUCACAGAAGUGCCAUGCAGAAUGGCUUGAAUCCGAGCUGAGGAACCAAUCAUCGCCCUGUGACUUUGGAACAGGGAAACACCCCAAGAAUCAAAGUGAACGUAGUGACAGCAUGUGUCCGCCUGAGAGUGGCACCGCACACAAACCCAAGCUGUCUAAUAAACAAAGGAAAGAGCAGCAACGUCUAGAGAAGAAGAAGAAGCAAGAGGAGAGACACAGACAGAAGGUUCUUCAAGGCAGAAGUUCACAUGACCAGAAUCAGAAUCUGCCUGAACCGGUUACGCUUGUGCCAGCUCUUAACACUCUAAGCAUCUAAAAUAGUCUUGGACAAACAAUUCUAAAAGGUGACUCUGCUGCUUUUUAUUCAGUUAUCCAAGUAUGGCAAGAAAUGGAGAAGUUCUACACUGUGUAUAUGUGGAGAAUGUGAUUGAGUUUAUGGAAAUGUGUUCUGGUCUAAAUGCUGCCAUCUUAAUGACAAUAACAGGAAAUUCUCUCUUUAGGGUAAAACCAUCAUGGAAUGUGCUAUGGUUGCCUUAGAUAAACUAUCAUAUCUUCUCAUUUUUUUUUUAAUUCACUCUAUUAUUCAGAACCAAAGAACGAUCUAAACUGUAAUUGGGCAGUAUGGAAAUAGCAUUACCUUAUGGUUGAUGUUGGUGAAUUGAAAGAAAUUGUUCUUUUCUUUGACUUGCAAGGAAUUAGUUUCCAAUCUUUAUUGAAAUUAGUGGGGUUCUUGUUUGGUUUACAUUUUUGCAUUCACUUACAGAGGAUUUGCCAUCUUUCUAUUUUGAAACAUAAUUACAUACUGAGAAUGUCAGCAUGCAUUCAGUAUUUCAUGUGAGAAAUAAUUCAUUGCACAUUCAUAACCGGAAGAAUUGUUCUGUAAUUAUAGUCAAUAGUCAUGUGUUCUUGUUACACAAAUGAGAGAGCAUCACAAUUUUAUAUGGAAGUGGAAAUUUAUUUAUUUAAAAUCAACAAUAAAGUUUGGGGAGUCUUGUACAGUAUAAGACAUUGUGUAUGUAAUUAAAUAUUUACAGGCAUGUUUUUGUAAUGCAAUACACCUGUGAUAUGCUGACUCCUCUAACACGCCACAUAUUAAGACAGCAUACAAGCAGGAAGAGCAGUUUGGCAAACAGUAGGCUUUAACUAAAAGAAAGUGCUAAAUUCCACAUCAUCUUAUUUACACGUAUAUUAAACAUUAAAGCAACUCUUCAUAAUGUGGACGUUACAUCAACUGAUCAAAUAGUUUGAGAUAACAGAAUGUAUGCAGUGUAUAAUAAGCCACAAAAAGCAUCAAGAUCUCUGAUAAUCCACAAGGAGGCAGUAGAGGACUUCUGUGCCACAUCCCAUACUGGAAAAGUGCAAAGCAAAAAAAAAGAAAAAAAAAAAAAAGCCCAACCAAGUACAAAUUCUGAAAGGAUAAGAAGCAGGAGUAAGGUAUAAAAAGCAAAUCUUUAUGUACAUCCCUAAGUAGAUGCAUGUGGGUAGUGGAUUGUGCCUCAGACGUUUUCUGGAAACUGAUUAAGGCCUUUCUUGACCACAAAUCAUUUGUUACACUCUCUCAUUAGUAGCUACAAGGAACUCAAAAUCUGUUCCUUAUUUUCAUCAACCUUACAGUCUCAUAGAGAGAUAAUUAUGGUGGCC